CCACAGCAGUGGAUAUACUGUGUUUGUAACACUCACCCAUUUAUGGCAACUUGGGCGUGGUCCGACGGUGGCGCACUCAUUCAGCUUCCUCUAACUGAGCCAUAUAUAUCGAUGCUAUGGCAUAUUUAAGUAUCGGCUUGAAAACGUCAAGUUGCCAGUAUUUCUCAGGUGAGUGUAAAGGGACAACGCAAUUAUGAGUUCUCGCACAAAUAAAAUCAUGAAUCUCUCUCGAGGGCUGGAUCAUGCAAAUUUAUUUUUGCCAAAUUACGAAUCAACCAAAGGAACGUCUUUAGAGGAGCAACAGAUUGCAAUUAAAGGAUUUAAUGCCAUUUCUGUGAAACAGACCAGCUCAGACCAGCUAUUCUGGGAGUAAUAAUGAUUCUUCCGUUGAAUCAGGAAUUUCUAAGAUAUGUGUCUCAACGCGCAGUCUCAACAAACAAAUAAAAACAAUAAAAACCAGAAAAACCGUAUGGAGAGAAAAGAAAAUAGAAAAAAAACAAGACCUAGAGGAAAAUAUAAUUCUCGAAAAUAUAAAAGACAACGAGCUUGAGUUGAACAAAGAGUUUAUUAUGAAUAAAUUCUUUGAAAGUACAAAAAAUAAAGAAAGUAAUAAGGAAAUUGAAAUUUCGGAUCAACAAAGUUUAACUAAACCUUACAAUUCUUCAACAAAGAAUAUUUCUUCUGGCAGUGAAUAUGUUCCUUCCGAGGAAUCGGAAAAUUCUAACAAAAAAAUAAAACAUGUGAAAAAAUUCGGCAAAAACAGAAAAAAACAAAAUGCAAACAAAACAAUUAAAGUUCUGCAGGACAUUAUUUUAAACAGUUCGGAAGAAACUAAAAAUAUGGGUAAAGAAAAUAUAAAAGAUCAUUCGACCGACAAUAAGCUUUCGGAUCAACAGAGUUUAAUUAAAUCCUACAAUUCUUCAACAACGUAUUAUUCUUCUGGCCGUGAAUAUGUUGCUUUCGAGGAGUCAGAAAAUUCUAGCAAACUAAUAAAAAAAAUAAAAAUUGAGAAAAUACUUGGCAAGAAUAUAAAAAAAACAAAGAAAAACAAAAAAAUUAAGGUUCUACAGGACAUUGAUUUGAACAGUUCGGAAGAAAAUAAAAAUAUAAGUAAGGAUAAUAUAAAAGAUCUAUCUUCCGACAAUAACUUGAGCAAAGAGUUUAUUAUGAAUGAAUUCUUCGAAAGUACUCAUAUUGAAGAAAACUAUAAAGAGAAUAACAUUUUAGAACACAGCGCAGUAAAACCGUCCAAUUCUUCGAAUGAAAGUAAAAUGAAUACAGAAGAAUCAUCAUUAGAUAGUUUCCGAAAAGUUAAUUCUACAAAUGACAUUGAAAUAGUAGCAGCGUCUAAGAAGGAAGGUAAAAGAGUUAGAAAUAAAACACAUGUUUGUUAUUAUUGUAAUAAGAAAAUUAUCAAUAUGGCAAGACAUUUUGAAUUGGUACAUUACAAAGAGACUGAAAUAGCAAAAUUUAUGAGUUUCCCAAAAAAAUCCAGUCAACGCAAAGCAAAUUUUGCAGAACUUAUAAAAGUUGGUGAUUUUUAUCACAACUGUAAUGUUUUAGCUACAAAAACUGGAGAAUUAAUACUCGUUCGGAGACCAACUAAAAACGAACUCAAAUUCGUUAAAGACUCCGAUUAUGGUCCUUGUCCAAAUUGUCUGGGAUUUAUGUUAAAAAAACAUCUCUGGCAUCAUAUGAGGUACAGCUGUAAAGAUAAAGUUGUUGAUACAGAAAAGACGAAUGCAAAACAUGUUAUGUCAGAAAGCAAUGCUCUUGUAUCUGAUAUCUUUGGAAUAGGUUUCACCAAGGAAUUUCAUAAAUCUAUAAUUUCAAAUUUUAGAUCUGAUGAAUUAGGCGAUUUUUGCCGAAACGAUAUUCUAAUUUUAAAGUUCGGUGCCAUGCAAUUUGAAAAGUAUGGAAAUACCCAAUCUGAAUUUAUACGCCAAACAAUGAGGCAAUUAGCACGUCUAACUCUGGCGUUAAAUAAGUUAGAAAAAAAAUCUAAAACAUUAUCAGAUUUUUUAAUUCCUGAGAAAUUUGAUCUUAUAAUUCAGGCUACAAAAGAAAUAAGUAUGAACCCGUUAUCCGCAGAUAGCAUUGCAAGACCAGCUUUUCACACCCCAAGUCUAGCGUUAAAAAUUGGACAUGCUCUUAGAAAAUGCAUUGCAAUUCAAAGAGGUAAUGCACUUAGAGCGGGAAAUUUAAAAAAAAACAAAACAUUGCUAUCUUUUAAGGAACUGUUGGAUAUGGAAUGGAAUAUUAGAAUUUCAUCAAAUGCACUAUCUACGUUGUAUAAGAGAAAAUUAAAUGCUAAGCAAUUGUUACCUAUUACAGAUGACUUAGUGAAGUUAAGUAAAUAUAUAGACACCAGUAUUAUGACCGCAAAAUUGGACGUUGACAGUGAUACUCGCGAUAACAAAAAAUGGACUAGAUUAGCAACAUUAUGUUUAAGUCGCAUAAUUCUUUUCAAUAAAAGACGUUCAGGAGAGGCCUCUAAAAUGAAAAUGAGUGAUUUUAUAUCAAGGCCAUCUUGGGAAGAACAAAAUACAAAAGAAAUAAGAGAAUCACUCACUACUGUAGAGAGGAAAUUGGCUGAAAAUAUGUCCUUAGUGGAAGUUGAAGGAAAACGUGGGAGAAAAGUUCCAAUUUUACUUCCACCACUUAUCAAAGAAAGUAUUAAUUCUUUAAUAAGGCACAGAGAUGAAUGUAAAAUUUCAUUACAUAAUAAAUAUGUAUUUGCAAGAUCCAAUGAAUCAAGUGGUUUUUUAAGGGGCCAUGACUGUCUUAAAAAAAUUUGUGAAGAGAUACGAUUAGAAAACCCUGAUGCUAUAACGGGGACAAAAUUAAGAAAAUAUGUAGCGACAGUUUGCCAAUUAUUCAAUAUGUCAGAAAAUGAAUAUGACUGGCUUGCUCGACAUUUGGGACAUGAUAUUACAGUUCAUAGGGAGUUCUACCGAAUGCAUGAAAGCGCAAUAGAACUAACAAAAAUAAGCAGAAUUCUAAUGGCUGUUGAUCAAGGAGAAGCCCACCAAUAUGUUGGAAAACGUAUUAAUGAAAUAAGUGUGGAAGAUUUACCUGCUUUAGAUGAAGAGAAACUUCAAAGUGAUAUCUCGGAAGAGGAAGAAGCACAGAGUGACGAAGAAAUUGAUGAUGGCAGAGAAACAAACCAAAAUAUAAAUGCAAUGGCUGUUAACAAAUUAAAGACUAAAAACAUCAAAAUACAAAGAAAAGAGAGAAACAAAGAAAGAAAACCACAACCAUGGUCAAGAGAUGAAACUCAAGCAGUUCUGACAUUUUUUAAAGGAAAUAUAAAAAACAAUAUUAUACCCACAAAAAAAGAAUGUGAAGAAUGUCUCGCAACAUAUCCUGUAAUAUCCUCGAGACCAUGGAAGAACAUAAAAUAUUUCGUUAAAAAUCAAAUUAGUAAGAAUAGAAAGAAAAUGUAUUUGUUUAGUUAAUUUGAG